AUGGCUUCUCAAUCCCUGAGAAAACGUAAAAUGAAGCCUUCAUUCUUCAAGGUCUUGAUGAAAGAUUUCUCUACUCGCCUGAAAAUCCCACCAGCUUUUAUGAAGGAGUUUGGGAAACACUUGGCAAAGAAAGCAACGCUUGAGACUGAUUAUGAUAAAUCAUGGGAAGUUGGAGUGGAAAAACUUGGAAACAAAUUUUAUUUAAAUAAUGGAUGGAGUAAAUUUGUGGAAGACAAUAAUUUGGAAACUGGAGAUUUCUUGGUGUUAAAGUAUUUUGCACAUUAUUCUUUGUUUAAGGUCAAAAUCUAUGGUAAAACUUGCUGUGAGAAGAAAUUGAACGUGGUUGGCAAAGGCAAAGAUCAGAUAAAUGAACAAGGAAGAAGAAAAAGAAAGAGGAAUGAAGAAGAAGAUGAUAAUAACAAUGUAAAGAGGAACGAGACUGAAUUUGUUCGAUCCAAAGCUUUCAAAAGUGAUGUAAUUAAAAUUGAUCCUGACUCUUCUUCGUCUUCUGAUGAUGACGAUGAAGAAAUUAGAAAAGGAAGUAUCCAGAAAAGAAAAGCACAAACUGUUUGGCUGAAGACGAAUAUGCCUCAAGAUUAUCAAAACCAUAUAGAAUUCAAAUCUGAGAAUCCCUUCUUUCAACUUCAGCUCAAGUUUUCAACUACCAAUUUUUAUCUGUACAUACCCAAAGGUUUUUUCAUGGAACAUUUGAAGGAAAGCAAAAGGAUCAAGUUAAAGAUAUGUGAAAAAACUUGGGAUAUGGAGAUUCAUGUGUAUGAACAUGAACGUGGUACAAAGCGAACACAAGGAGCCAGAGUGACUCAGGGAUGGAAGAGAGCAGUGAAAGAACAGAAUUUGGAAAUGGACGAUGUUUGCUUCUUUGAAAUGAUAAAAAAGUUUGAUACUGAUUUUGUGUUUCGUGUUCACGUUUACAGGUGGGAUGAUCGGAAAGCAAAGUUUUCCAAGAUAAUUUAG